GAAAAGAAUAUGAGCCCGGGGUGUAAAGCCAGCAGCACUGCGUCCUAUUCCUGCUUCUUCCUCUGGCGCACAGCCUCUGACCGGAGCGCCUCAUAUCUGGGAGGGGAGGAGGAGCAGGAGGUCUCACUCGGAUAGAAUUUCGCUGCGACCUGUCGGACCUGCGCUGUGUUAUGAGCGGCUUCCUUGGUUUUCCGAGCAGACAGCGGGGAUAACUGUACUGUAUCUCAGCCUAGCGGAUGGGAGUGAAAGUCCGCCAUAUUCACCACGCCCGGAGAGCAGAGCCGCUGGAAAACAAACCGACAGCCUCGCUCAUGUGUUUUUUUCCCCUUUUUUCUCGGCUAAACGGUCAGUGACUUGGAGCAACAAAGGAAGUAUUUCAGCGAUUUAAAAAAUUAAACCAGAAACCAUCGCUGAGGACUUUGAGAGAGAGAGAAUCUACCGGAGCAGGGCAGCUCAGCGGAGCGGAGGAUGUUUUAAAAGGAUCUGUUGAUCAUCCGGAGAAGGAAUUAUAACAGUUAUCAGAGCAAACCUAUUCCACUGAAGCCGCUUUAUACUCAGUUUGAAGCUUUCAAGAGGCUCGGAAACACAUGAAAGAGGCUGACAGCGGGUAGGGGACUCCGGUUAUUCCUCUCAGAUAUCUUAUUUUCCGUGCGACUCCCUACAGACACGGUUUAUCACAACAUCCCGGCCUGUGUGAAGCUUAUGGGGUUCCCUCCCCGACAAAUGUGAAAUUUGGAUGACUGGAGGAGGGGGAAGGGGGGAGGGAGGGAACAAGUGGAGUAGAACCGAGAAUGACCCUGGAAUCUCUAAUGGCGUGCUGCCUCAGCGAGGAGGCGAAGGAAGCCAGGCGGAUCAACGACGAGAUCGAAAGGCAGCUCCGCCGGGAUAAGAGGGACGCGCGGCGGGAGCUCAAACUGUUGCUUCUCGGAACUGGUGAGAGUGGUAAGAGCACCUUCAUCAAACAGAUGAGGAUCAUCCACGGGACUGGUUACUCCGAUGAAGACAAACGGGGUUUCACCAAACUCGUCUACCAGAACAUUUUCACAUCCAUGCAGGCCAUGAUCCGGGCCGCCGAGACGCUGAACGUCCCCUACAAAUACGAGCACAACAAGGCCAAUGCCAACAUUGUUAGAGAAGUGGACGUGGAGAAGGUCUUCAAGUUUGAGAAUCCUUACGUUGAUGCCAUCAAGAACUUGUGGAAUGACCCCGGCAUCCAGGAGUGUUAUGAUCGAAGGAGGGAGUACCAGCUCUCAGAUUCUACUAAAUAUUACCUAAACGCACUUGACCGGAUCGCUGAACCUUCCUAUCUUCCCACCCAGCAGGAUGUGCUGAGGGUUCGGGUUCCCACCACCGGCAUCAUUGAAUAUCCAUUCGAUCUGCAGAGCGUCAUAUUCAGGAUGGUGGACGUUGGGGGUCAGAGGUCAGAGAGGAGGAAGUGGAUCCACUGCUUUGAGAACGUCACAUCGAUCAUGUUCCUGGUGGCGCUCAGCGAGUACGACCAGGUGCUGGUGGAGUCAGACAAUGAGAACCGAAUGGAGGAGAGUAAAGCUUUGUUCAGAACAAUAAUCACAUACCCCUGGUUCCAAAACUCCUCUGUUAUUCUGUUCCUGAACAAGAAAGACCUGCUGGAGGAGAAGAUCAUGUACUCCCAUCUGGUUGACUACUUCCCAGAGUACGACGGUCCUCAGAGGGAUGCCCAAGCAGCUCGAGAGUUUAUUCUCAAGAUGUUUGUGGACCUGAAUCCAGACAGUGACAAGAUCAUCUACUCUCACUUCACCUGCGCCACCGACACGGAGAACAUCCGCUUCGUCUUUGCAGCUGUCAAAGACACGAUCCUGCAGCUCAACCUGAAGGAGUACAACCUGGUGUAGAGCGCGGCCCCCCCUGACACAAUGACUGACUCGAUCCGUGAACAGAAGGCCUUCAUACAAAUACACACUUAUGAAUUAUCUAAGGAAAACAGAAGCUGAUGGUUGCAUAUGACUAAUUUAUUGGCCCUCUGACGUCUUGGUGUGCUUUGGGGGGAGGCGGGACUCUUAAAAGGUCAUCUUGCUAUUCAGGAGUUGGGGGGGAAAUAGGUGAAGCUCCCGUUACACCUGCCUUUUUAUAAACCAGAAGAAAAAAAAGUUUCCUUUCUUUGUUUUUCUUUGUAACCUUCAUUGUGUACCCAUAAUUCAUUCUGACGGUUCAUCAUGAACCUUUAGUCUAACAGAAAGUGAUGUAACAGCUUUCUAAUCAACAGCAUCCUUUUUUUUCUUUCAUGCACGUCUCUUCUGUUGUAGGCCUAAACUGUGAUUUUUAAAUUAUUUGAGAAUGAUUUGAUACCGAUACACUUUGAUCAUUAUUACUGUUAUGAUAUUCCAUUGCUUUGGUACCAUUUCAUAAGUAGAGCACAUUUGAAUGUGGAGGUGUAUUUACAGCGUUCUGACACAAACAUGAGGGUCAGCACAAACGGAGGAAAUCGGCCGUAUGCUGAGCGACCGGCUGCAGAGUUUCCUUCCAGCGGCCUGACAGGAGGACAGAGGGGCUUGUGAUUUUAGAAACAUUAAUGUUAAACUGUGCCACAUCCCACCUUUUUCUCUUCUUCUUUAAAUAGUUUAAAAAAUGUAUUACCAACGCCAAAACGACUCGAUCAGCGGACCGCUCUAUAAGUGUUUGUGUCCAACCGCAGCCCGGCUGUGCUGACUGUUGUGGCUGAACUAGAUGCGCGGCAUAAAUCCUGUUGAUUGCUACGUAAUGAAAUAAAAAGGGCACAGUGUUGAUGUGCAGGUUGUACCAAAGCAAAGCCCUCUGUGUUUAUAAUCAACACCUCUUUACCUGCGAUUUGCUUUCGAGUAUUUUCCUACAACAUAAGCCUGUAUUUUACAUUUAUUGAGGCAUAGUGCAAUUAUGAAUGCUAUAAUCAUUGUACAUACAUCUCUCUAUAAAUAUAUAUAUAUGUAUGUGGCAGCGUCUUUGUUGGCUUUGUAAUCAUGACCUUUUUUGGGCAGAUUGAAUGUGCGGUAUUGAAAAUGUGUAUCUGUAUAAUUGUACAUCCAUCGGCUAAAUCAGUUUUGUUCGAGGAAAAAAAAAAGUUAUUUACAUGCUGUUUUUUUUUUUUGUUUCCUUUCUUUUGUCAGGUGAGAAUGUAAAAGUUUGCGUUGGUCACAUUAAUCUCUCGAUAAGGAGAUAUCAUUUAGGUUCAGAAUUACUAACAUUAAUAUAAAACCCGUACUAAUCCUAGCUGUUUUAUUAAAUGUACUGUUUUGGUUUUUUUUUUUUUUUGAGAGAUGGUGACCUGAAUCAAAUCUAAGAGCUUAAUUCUUACGUUUUCUCCCAGCAGGCCUCAGAAUGGAGCACUUGUUUUCAUAAUGCAUACAUCUCUGAUUUUUACUCAUGAUGUUUAAGUUUUAUAAGGUAUUAAUUAGCUUUGGAGGCUCUUGUACACAUGUUGAGUUUUCAUGGAUGUGCUCCUAAUCCAUCACAUUUAAAGGCAACAUGUUUCGUAGCAUCAGUCCAAAAAGAAAAGCUGUUGCCUUAAAGCAAUUUGAAAGAAGAAUGAAUAUUUUAGGGGGUAAAUGUUCUACAAACUGGAACAGCCAGUGUUUAAAUCAAGUAAUUAUUGUACACAAUCUCAAACCAUAAGUAGAAUAAACCAUUUAUUGGUGCUUUUCACAUUUUCUUUUUUUUACAUUUUUUUUUCAUCUCAAUUGCCAUUUUUAUUAGAAUGUACAGUAUUAUUUCUUUUUUUUUUUAUUUAUAAAACUCCAACAAAACUAGAGUUCACCUGUACAUAUUGCCUUAUUGUUGAGCUGUGCCUCUUAAGUCUCACCAAGGCACUUUUUUUUAAGUAUGCAGUGAAGCUAAUGAAACUGAUAACGUCCCGUUGUAAUUUUCAUGUCUGGUUGGUGAUUUUUCUUUUUGUUGUUCCGUGCUGAGAAGCCCUGGGAACGGCUCUGAAGUGUAGCUCAUGUGACUGUAACAGCAGGACAUUAGAAGCACCUCAUGAACGAACUGAUUCACUCUGUUCAUUUCUGUUGUCGCAUCUGAUUCAUGUCUUAAAUGUUUUUACCGGAGUGCAUUAUGAUGCAUUGAACUGCCUGGCACGGAUUAAAACAGCAUGGAGGCGUGUG